GCGUGGCGCCACAUCGCGCCGUUGCCGUGACGUCACGGCGGCAUGACGCAGGCACGCAGAGGGGCGCGCUCGUUCAAUGAUUAUGCUGCAUUAGACAGAAGUAGUGUUCUUCAUCUGUGACUUGGGUUGUUCUGAAGAUAUUAAUGUGCAGAGGAAUUAACUUGGAUGAAAUAUUUUAUUUGCCAUAGCAGCACCAGGAUGUAUUAGAAGUGACUGCAUACUUGUGAAGAAUGUUGGCUUCAGAGGUGUGGGAACUGCAGUGUUCUGUUCUGCAAAGGCACUGGAAGGUCCUAUGUGCCACCGCUUGCGAGUACGCGGCUGAGGAAAACAUGCAGGCCGACUCAAUGGGUUUCCAAUGCAAGAAGCCCAAGUUAAUUGUUCCCAGUGCCGAAAUAUGGAGAGUGCAUAUAAGGGAACGUUCUUGUAACUAUUAAAGGGCAUAAUGCAGAAUCCUUUAACUUUUUGUGCAGGUGGUGUUUUUUUGCAUGCUAAUCCUGCAGAGAAACAUUGUGUCCAACAAAGUAUGCUGGGUCAGCAAAACCAAGAAACUUGUGCUGGAAAGACAAUAUCCACAGAUAAACACAAGUCCCCUUCAGAUAUAAUACGAAGUUUUCAGAAGAAAAGUCAGUUCAGGACCAUUGCUCCAAAAAUGGUACCAAAAAUUUUAACUUCUGGAGUCGUUUCUUGUCUUCAGUCUUCUUUGCCUGAGCAAAAUACACCAAUUUCAGCUGCAGGUUCUAAACCGCUGGUGGUCCCAACUCAAAACUACGCUGUCAUGCAGGUGGCUGGUCACGAGGGCACUUUUUCUCUGUUGGCUUUGCCGUAUGUUGCCCCUGCCCUAACGCAGCAGGUCCAGCAGUCAAACGUGGCCCCUUCUGAAAACCUAAAGCUGCCUAUCCCUAGGUACCAACCUCUAAGAAACAAAUCGCUGAGUGACAAAAAAACAGCACAAGUCUGUGUUUUGGGUGCAUAUAACAAGAAUCCUACCAAAGCAUCAAUCCCAUCACAGGCUUCCCCUGUGACUACCUUAACUGAAGACUGUCCUGAAACUCAUUCUAGUUCAGAUAUAACAGAGCAAGUGAUGCAAACGGGCUGUGACUCAGCUGAAAUGACAGUUGCCACAUUGGUAAACAGAAGGAAUUGUGUGGAAGCUGGAUCUUCUUUAGUGAACAAAUCUGAAAUUGCUAACGGCAAUGUUUCUGGACCAUCUGUAGUUAAAGACUCUUUAUCCAGGCCGGCAAGUACAAUUAAUCUCAUGAAACUAAGUCUAUGCUCUGUGAAGGCAGCAUCUGAAACCACAAGGGAGUCAUUCAUAAAGUCUGAGAAGCUAAAAGAAAAGCCCACAAAUUCUGCAAAUUCUGUUACUGUCCUGUCACCAGCAGUUUUUGGCAGCACAAUACAAAUGACUUCAUCAGCACCGAAAGGAAAACUUCCUAUUUUGCCUUACUCAAGGAUGAAAAAUUCAGUGCUCUGUAAAUCUAAGCAGAAUACUAAUGCUACAGAUGUAGCUGGUCCUUCACUAAAAUCUGAAUGUGAAAAGGUACCAGCUUUGGCGAAAACCUUGCAUGUUCCUACUAAAGCAUCUGAUAAGCGAUUAGCCGUCCCCAGACAAACCAUUCGAGAAAAUACCUUCUCUCCAUCCAAUAAAGUGGAUGUCGACAGUCUUAAAAAAUUGAACGGUGCAGCCUCUAAAAGAAGAGCCAGGAAAAGAAGAGCCCCAGAUGAUUUAUUGGCUUUUCAGACCAAGCGAAGGAAAUGCAUCAUUAAUAAGUUUAGAGAAGGAAGAGAAAGGGUGAAAGUUGAUCUUCAGCCACCUGAAGACAAAAAAGCAGAGGCUGUGAAAAAAUACCGUAGUAUUAGACCAAAACCAGUGGUAGUUGUGCAGGCUUUUGCACCACUGACUGCUGCAACGAUAGUCAAGACACCGUCUCCUGACCAUUUACAUGCAGAUAGGUUUUUAAAUAGUGCCCUUCCCAACAAAUAUUUAAAUUACAAGCAAAGUGAUGCUACAUCAGCUAAAUCAAAUGAUACAAGUAGAAGUGCAUGUUCAACUGUACCUAAGCCAUUGCAUAAAUGUCAUGUUUGUAACCACAUUUUCCAGUUUAAGCACCAUCUUCGGGACCAUAUGAACACACACACAAACAAACGACCUUACAGCUGUCGGAUUUGCCGGAAAGCCUAUAUACAUUCUGGCAGCCUGAGCACACAUAUGAAACUGCAUCACAAUGAAGGCAAACACAAAAAGCUUGUGUGCUGUGAAUUCUGUGCUAAGAUUUUUGGCCACGCGAAAGUGUACUUUGGCCACCUAAGGGAAGUUCACAGGGUUGUUAUCAGCACAGAGCCUUCUCUGAGCGACCAACAGCCACAAAGGGCUUCAAAGAAGCGAGACACAAGUAUAAAAGGGGCAGAAGAAGCAACAGAGAGGGGAAAUAAGUGUAAUUUUGAGGACCUAUUCCAUAACCCAGGAGAAGUGAAGCUACAGAUCAAAUGUAGUCGAUGCCAAUUUAUUGUACACUCUUUUGGCGAAAUGAAGUUUCACUUACUGUGCUCUCACGGAGAAGAGAUCCAGGGAAGAGUAAAGGAAGGAGUUUUGCACGGAAAUAGAGGAGCUAAGGGGGAGCUGAUCAAACACGCAACCCACUUCUGGAAACAGCGCAACGAGAGAAGACAUUUAGCAAAAAGCGGUGCCCAUGAGGAGGAGGUUUACGCUUCUCCAAAACUGAAAAGACAGAUGUACUUCCACCAGCAGAAUAAUGUUGAUAUGUUAUCUAAAAGUGAACUGACUCAAUCAGGGAGUGGCGAAGCAGCCAAGGAGGUGCAAAAUGUAGGUUUUGAUACACCAAGCAAAAAAAUAGAAGUUUGGUCUAAAGUGGGCUAUAAUUGCAUUUUAUGCAAACAGUUAUUUGGAAGAAAAGAGGAUCUUUGUAAUCAUUGGCAGAGUCAUCAUAACUGUGAAGACCCUUCCACUUUAUGGACUAUUUUUAGUUUGUUAUCAAAACAAGGAAUUAUUGAACUUUCUGAUAAUGGUGAAUAUUGAAGUUCAAUUCUACAGUGCUAUGAAAAACAUCAACUACCUUACCAAAUUGUUUAUGGGUUUUUUUGCUGUGUUGCUAAACUAACUCAAGAGAUUUAUUACUUUGGAGGUUUGCUUGGUGGGCUUGUUGUUUGUUGGUUGGUUGUCUUUUUUUGGUUUGUUUGUUUGUUUUAAAGUUAUGCUAACCUUUAUUUUGUUAAACAGAAAAUGUAUUUCUGCAGUAUCAUUCCAGAUGGGUACAUGCAAGCCAAUUAUGAAAUACUGUGCUUAAAAUUCAUGCUUAAGGAACUAAGCAGCAGCAAAUGCUCAAUACUGAUGGUUAACGUCAAGGAAAAAAUUGUCAAGUUAAAUUAUGCUCUACACACAGAAAUAAAUCAGUUUAUACGAAGUAGUCUCAAUCUUGAAUGAAAUGACAAGCCAGACUGAAAGUGUAGUUUCAGUCCCAACUGUGCUUCCAGAUCUUAUGAUAAAUAUAUAUACAUAUGCGUGCAGUUCUCUGAAUCAUCUGAAUGUACAUACAUGCAACCAGCAUUUAGGAGCUUUAUAACCUAUAAUUUAAGAGCUUUUAAUUCUUGUUUUCUUGAUUUCAAUGUCUUCAACCAUGUUCAUUGCUUGCAGGUUUGUUAUUGGGAGUGCUUUUAGGUCUUAUAUUCUGCCAUGGUAACAGCAAGGAUCUUUGUAUUUUUAAAGACAAAAACCUACAUGUAUUAUUUUGCCUGUAGCUCUUUGGGUUGAAGAUGAGUUUGUUGCUACCCAUGAAGAUGGAACCCUCAAAGCUUGACUGCUUGAUGAAAAAAAAAGAAUCAGGUUUGUUUUAAAAAUAGUAAUCUGAGUUGGUGACUCCUGGGAAGUUUGACAUUCUGCAAUGGACUGCACGUUUCACAGUGAACUCUGAGCGUAUUCCUUGUACCUCCCGCGACAGCAGCGCCCUUUGCACACUGCCUUCGGCACUCUUGCUGUACGGCUUUUGUGCCUCUGCCCUUGGCCCGGAUGGUGGCUUCAAAGCUGUCUACACACUACUGCUCUAUCUGUUUCUUCUUGUGGUCAAACUGUAAUUGAGGGAUUGCAAUGAUGAAGGAGUCAUUCCUAAAAUGGCCUGAGUGGCUUCUCCCUGUUUUGCAAAAAUUGUGGUGAUGAGAACAUGGGAAGAGACCUAAAAAUGUUGGCUUUUCUGAGUGGCAUUCCAGAAGAUGUUGCAAUAUUUUGUGAGUUUGGUUUAUUUUUAAACGGUAAAGACAGUUUUGAUGAGCUAAUGGUUUUGAAUGUAAUUUCUUGUUAUAUGGUGCUUUGCCCUGGAGUUGAACUGUAAGACUGGAUCCAAAAAAAAGUAAAAGGAAAAUGCUCAUAGAACUGCACAGGUGCCUGGUAAGGUGGAAGUAUCCCUGUAGAUUUUCAAAGCUUCCUUCUUACUAUCUGUUACUAUAAAUACAUAUUUGUGGUUGUUUCUUU